UAGUGCGUUGUAUGUAGGAAUCAAACUUACUUGGCAUCGAAUGCCUUUAAUAAUAAUAAUUCUUAAGUCAUUUAGCAUUGAUUGAAAACGCCAUUGGGUGGGCUUCGUUAUUAACUUCAAUUCUAGUUUGAAGUGAGUUCUUUAGGCGUAGCUUAUUUGAUUUUUCGUCCAAAUUGAACCUAUGUAUUUCCUUUUUGUGGAUCGCAGCAAUGGCUCCUUCAGCUUUGAAAAGGAAAUUGAUUGGUUCCAUGGCUCAUCAGCAAUUAAUAAUGUUCUGAUACGCGCUAGCCUCUCAAAUGUCACAUCACAGAGAACACUGGCGACUCACUGCUGAUAAGCCUGAUAAGAUACAAGAACUUACAGCAACUUCUUGCAUCACUAGUGACUCAGUGCACUAGUAUCAAUGAACUGAUACGAUCUGUAUUGAAGACUGCUGACUUUUUAAGCAUAGUCGACGAGAAUUUCAGUUUCAAUAAGUUUUAUUUUAGAAGUUUUUUGACAAUAUAUAGACGUUGGUACACGUAUUUCUGUAGUUUUAAAGCCUAUUAGAGCUUUGUCGUCGUUUUUGAUAGGAUCGAAUAGAAAUCCCUGCACUCGAAAUGGGUUGCGUUACCAACUGCUUCCUUCUCCUCAUCAACCUGAUUGUCCUGAUGGUUGGUGUUGCCGUGAUUGCUCUGUCCUCUUACGUCUUGAAGACAUCCGUCUCGUAUGACGUAAUCUUCAUCGAGAACAUGACGAUGCUGCCCAUGUGGACCCUCAUAGGCGGUGUCUUCAUCACCAUCCUGUCACUCUUCGGCGCAUGCGGGGUCAUCAUGAAGUCCACAUGCAUGCUCAGAUUUUACGGUUCGUUGGUGCUGCUAUUCGUGCUGAUGGAGCUGGUGUGCGGCGUGCUGAUCUUGGUGUUCCGGGAGCAGGCGGGCGACAUCACGAAGGAUAGGAUGUUUAAAGCCCUGGAGCUCUACAACGAUAAUGACCAAACGACACAGGAUGCCAUCGAUGUUGCCCAACACGAUCUGCAAUGCUGCGGAGUGAACAGCUACGAGGAUUGGUUCUACAUCCUGAACGAGAACAGCGUGACGCCAGGCUGCUGCAAGGACAACUCCCCGGAAUUCUGCUACAAGAAUAUCAGCGCCCUCACGCAAACCCAGCUACAGGAGACGCUCUACACCAGGGGCUGCUACGAGGCUCUCAUCGACGACCUCUCUCAGCAGCUCCUUGCCCUGGGCAUCUUGGCACUGGUGCUGGUCACGGUCCAGUUGUUCUGCGUCAUCGGAGCCUUCUGCAGCGCCAGCAGCAUCGCCAAAGAAAAAUACCUCCGUUUGUAUCAAAGAGCUAUGUAGGUCAACAUUCGCUGACACAUUUUCUGCGAAUAAUGACCCCGGCACACGCGAUUCUUUUUAUAAUAAUUUGUUUAUUUAUCACAAGAUAAUGAAACCUUAAAAUAUCAAUCUAAAAUGAAUUCUUCAAAUCUUGUAAAAAAAAUUCUUUCAGACACCACCCGCUUCCCGUUAGUCACAAGAACUCUUUGAAAAUUGUAACGAACAUUCGUUUUCUUGAUGGCCUAAGGGUACUGAUUGUCAAUCUAAAAAAAAAAUAUUGAACGAUUCCAGCUUCUUUUCGUCGAUAACUUUUAAGUUUUCUCAUUUGAGUCAUAUUGGAUUAAAGGAUGCUCAGUUCCGAUUUAACCCUCUACCGCCUGACACGAGUUACCGGUUAAUAUUGUCACACCAAAUAAUAUGUUUAAAAAUUACUUUUUAUUAAAGAAUUCAGUGUCUCCAAUG